CGAUGCUGGAGUGAAAACUUUGUGCUAGAAAACGGUCGCUCUUUAUAUCAUAAUUAGGUCAUUAGUGCAAUAACGACUACGACAAGACGGAAUAUUAUUUUUAUUAUGGUGUGAAACCAGUUCCAUCUUCAGCACUGUAACACUGAUUGCCGGGGCCUGAGGGGUGACGGCAUGGCGGAGGGCGAUGAAAGCGCAGGCGGGGAGUGGAAAGAGAAAUGCAUGGCCCUCGAGGCCCUGCUCUUCAAGUUCCGUGGACAGAUGAGCGUUAUCCGAGAGCUCGCGGCAGAAAAGAUGCAGCAGCUGGAGACGCAGGUACUGGAAGCAGAGCGUCGAGCAUAUGAGGCCAGCCAGCAGGUGCAAUGGAUGGAAGAGUGUCUAAAAGCAUCAGAUAUCCAGUCGAGUGAUUCAGAGCUGCGGCUGUUCAGACGCUGUCAAAAUCUUCGAAUGCUACUGCAGGAGAAAGACGAGCUUAUUGCCACCCUAGAGCAGCAGCUGGAGGAACAGAAACAGAACCGAAUCCAAGAUGCCAAGACGGUUGAAGAAAAAGCAGCUAAGAUCAAAGAAUGGGUCAUGAGGAAGCUGAAUGAAUUUGAUAUAGAGAAUGCCUCUCUGAGAGAGAUCAACCAACAACAGGAGGCUGAGAUACAAGACCUGAGAAGACGACUGCAAGCCAUGGAGCUGACUUUGGGUUCUGGUGGUUCAAUCCAGCCCAAUGUGGAUGAGGCCCAGCGGCUCAGCAGUCUGACUUUUGGCUGUUUUCAAAUCAGAGGGAAGAGUCCUCAGGUACUGACGGGCCCAGAGCCGUCCCAGAAGAGCGUCAGCACCCAGCCGGAUCGUGAGCCCACACACACAGACUGCAGGAGACCCUCUACUGAUUCUGGACUGAAACAAGAUUGUCCAGAAACAGAGUGUGUUGGUCGUUGCCCUAAGGCAGGAUCAGAGGAUGAGCGGGACAGUACCAGACACACGCUGUCCUGUGGUGUCUCCUCUAUCCUGUCCAGUGCUGCCUCUGAAGGGGAGAGGAGUCUGUUUGGAGGUUUGCGUUUCAGUCGACCCGCCAGUGAGACCUACCACACAGCCUCAGACGACAGCAGCUCGCUGUUUGACGAUGACAUGCAGCGCGUGGAGUGCUCCAGACUUUGCCUUCCUGGCACCAAGAGCGCUUCAAAGAGAGACAGCGAGAAGGUGGACGCUGAGGAUGGAUCCUCAGAUGAGCUGAAUAAACGCUUCCAGUCACAAAGUCUUGAUUCCUCGUCAUCCUCCAGUGACACAAACACUCCCAGCCUCAUAUUAACUCCAGCUCUCACACCAAAGCGGCCCACCCCGUCCCAGGACUCCCAGGACACCCCAGCCUCCCCCAAACAGCCCCGACUGCGCAAUCCAAAUGCAUUUAAUGUUAGUUUGGCAUUGGCUAAAAAGCAUCUGAGUCAGCCUCCGCUGUACAGUGAAGCCGCCCAUGGGCGGACACGAAACGCCUUCAGCAUGCUACGUCCUCUACGGCCUCAGGAAACAGACAUGGACCAAGAGCAAAAGAUGGAGACUGGUGACCGAGAGCAUGCUGAUGUGCCUGCAGCUGAAGCGCCACCUGAGGAACGAGAAACACCCGACGCCUCUGCAGCCAUGCCCGGGAGUAAACCUCCGACCCCUCCGCUGCACAGACUGCCCUCUUGGGAGAGCAGAAUAUAUGCUGUGGCAAAAUCUGGAAUUCGUCUGUCAGAGACGUCGUGUACAGAUGUAGCUAAUAAAGACUCCUCCCAUGCAUCCACAUGCCCCGCCUACAUGCUCUACACAUCCCUCAUCUACAGGAACACAAGCACACCUGUCUUUGCCACACACAAAGGGAAAGCGACUUUAAGCAACAGUCAGUUCUCAGAGGAGUCGUCUAGUUCUGAGGAGGAGGACAGUUCGGAGGAGUGUCAGUCUAACUCUGGAGAGGAGGAGAACUCCCAGACCUCUGGAUCAGAGUCACACAAGAGCAGUAGCCAUGAAAGCCCCCGCUCACUUAAGAGAGCUGUGUCAUUGUCUUCUAUGACAUCUGAGAGUGACUACGCCAUCCCCCCUGAUGCUUACUCCACUGACACAGAGUGCUCUGAACCUGAAAACAAACUCCCAAAGACCUGCUCCUCCAGCACUGACAACGGCAAGACUGAGUGUAUGGAGAAGUCUGGGUACCUGCUCAAGAUGGUAAAGACGUGGAAGAAAACAUGGAAGAGACACUGGUUUGUUCUGAAGGAUGGGGAGCUUCUCUACUACAAAUCACCAAGUGACGUGAUCCGUAAACCCCAAGGUCAGAUUGAGCUGAAUGCAUGCAGCACUAUAGCUCGUGGUGAUGGCAAACAGAUGCUUCAGGUGGUGACGGGUAAGAGUGUGUGUAAUCUGAAGGCAGAUUCCCCAAACCUGCUGGAGGAGUGGCUGAGGGUCCUGCAGAGCGUCCUGAGGAUCAAAGCUGCUAGUCCGCUCUUCACUCACCCUGACACACGACCCGUUAUGAAAGGACAUCUGACAAAGGUGAAGCAUGGCUACUCUAAGCAUGUGCGGUGUGCGCUGUUUGGGAAGACUCUCUACUACUUCAGAAAUCAAGAGGACAAGUUUCCUCUGGGACAGAUCAAACUGUGGGAGGCUCGUGUGGAGGAAGUGCAGAAGUCAUGUGACGUAGCUGAAGUCUCUGCUCAGUACACACUCUCCAUUCAGUCAGUGAAUCAGGACCCGACAUACCUGCUCAUCGACUCUCCUCAGGAGAAGGUGAAGCAUGGCUACUCUAAGCAUGUGCGGUGUGCGCUGUUUGGGAAGACUCUCUACUACUUCAGAAAUCAAGAGGACAAGUUUCCUCUGGGUCAGAUCAAACUGUGGGAGGCUCGUGUGGAGGAAGUGCAGAAGUCAUGUGACGUAGCUGAAGUCUCUGCUCAGUACACACUCUCCAUUCAGUCAGUGAAUCAGGACCCGACAUACCUGCUCAUCGACUCUCCUCAGGAGAAGACGGCCUGGCUGUACCAUCUGUCUGUGGCCGCGGGCAGCGCAGUGGAGCAGGUGGGGACUGAGUUCGAGCAGCUGCUUGGUAAACUGCUCAGCAUAGAGGGAGAUCCAGCAUUUGUGCGCUGGAAAUUGACCAUCUCUCUGUCUAAUCUAACAGUCUGUGUGUGUCAGGUUGUUAGUUUUGAUGCUUCAACCACAGUGGAGGAGUUUCAGAGUCGGUUGAACCAGGACACGGGCACGAGGAAAACCGCUCAGUCUGGUUUCAGCCUUUAUUCUGACGACCCCACUGGCAAAGACCUUGAGCACUGUCUUCAGGGAAACCUGAAGAUCUGUGACAUUAUUUCAAAAUGGGAGCAGGCCUCGAAGGAGCAGCACACGGGCAAAUCAGAGAACGCCAGGACGGUGAAACUCACUUAUAAGAAUCGGUUAUACUUCUCCCAGCAGAUGAGAGGGGAGACCGAGAGAGAGCGUUUGCUUCUGGCGUACCAAACAAAUGAGGAAAUUACAGCAGGUCACUUCCCUGUCAACAAAGAGCUUGCUUUAGAAAUGGCCGCCCUGCUUGCUCAGGUGGAGUUUGGGGACUUUGAGCAUCCAUUUUCUAGUCCAGGUGCUUCAGGAGCUGCACAGACCAAAUCUAACCAGACCCUGAAACAGGUUCUAGAGCGCUUCUACCCGAAGCAUUACCGACACUCCUGCACUGAGGAACAAAUGAGGCAGUUGCUGCAGAGGCUCUCUGCCCGAUGGGCAUCUCUGAGGGGUCGGAGUUCAUCAGAGUGCAUACGAAUUUACCUAACCGUGGCUCGCAAGUGGUCAUUUUUUGGAGCCAAACUAUUUGAGGCUGAGUCUGUAACUCCAUCACAGAAGAACGUGCGUGUUUGGUUGGCAGUACAUGAAGAUGGAGUCAGCAUGCUAGAGUUCAACUCUGUAAAAGUCCUUGCGUCCUACCCUUAUAAAAGCAUCGUGACAUUUGGAGCGUGUGGUCAGGACUUUAUGCUGGUAGUAACUCUGAGUUCUGGCACAAACACAUCCAAAGAUAAAUCUACAGAGAAGCAUCUGUUUGCCAUGGCCCCGUCAAAGGUUCGAGACGUGACGUUGCUCAUAGCCAGCUACAUUAACUGCACACAACAACAAAAAGCAGCAGCGCACCACCUGUCCGCCCCAGCCCUGCUACUGGCUCUAUCUGGAGAGAUGAAGAAGAGCAAGUUUCCUCCAGCCGCCUGCAGACCCAGCAAAGCACCCACCCUCCUUUAAGUAUACAGCAUGUGUUGGUGUUCACUCAGGACAUAUGUCAGUCCAUUCCCUAAUUCACUAGUUGAUCCCAGUUCAAAAUCCCUGGCUAGUGUCCAAAACCAUAUUUACAAUACACAUCAAAGGGAAUCUGAAAAUGAAAUGAGACGUAUUUCUUUAACUCAUCUAAUACUUCCUGAGGGUGACAUGACUGACAGUAGUCCUCAACAUUAAAAUGGGUGAGAUCUCAUGAACGUCCAAGUCAUGUUCCACCCCAAAAAGAAUCAAAACAAAUAGUACUUUGCAUAUAGAAAUAAAGUGUACUACUUUUGUUGUUUUUGUUUGUUUGCACUGUGACAUAUUUUUAUUAACAUUAGUCAUUAGCAUAUUUUGUCCAGACAUUGUACUUUUUGAGAGUUUUUUUUGUAAUGCACAUUCUCAAUUCUCAUAUGUA